AUGAUAUCGACUUUAAUCAUAGUUUUUAUUUCAUUGCUCGGUUUGUCUGGUGUAUUUUCGAAUGUAGCCGAUUUCGAUUGUUUUGAACGACCUGAUACUGGAGUGGGUCGUGCUUAUUUUGAAGUUUAUGCUUGGCAAGCAAGUAAUAGAACAUGCACCAAAUUUAUUUAUGGUGGUAUGUUUGGUAAUCGAAAUAGAUUUGAAACAAGUGAAGAAUGCUCUCUAUCAUGUCAUGAUGCUGUUCUACGUCAUCAAUUAGAUUUUAAAGCAACUCAUCGUUAUAGUGCAGUUAAUCGUUUAUAUGAAUUAGCUCAAAUUGCACUUCAUUUAGAAAAAGUUGAUAAUGGCUAUUUUAAAUUAAUUGCUCAACCUAGUGAAAAAGUCCUUGGUAUAACUAAUGAAAAUGAUGGAACAGAUAUUGCACUGCAACAACCGAAUAAUACUCAAACACAACAUUGGGAUAUUAUUCCAACGGGUGAAAAAGAUUAUUUUAGAAUUAAAACACGAACAAUGCCAUACCGUCAUGUGGAUUACCUGUUUUUACAAGUUGCUCAUACUGAUGAAAUACAUAUUAAUUUAGCUAUUUUAUCAUCAGCACUAUCAUUUACACAUAUAAUAUCAAGAACAAUGAAAGAAGAACUUUUUACUUGUCCACCAUCAUCAAAACAAACAGCAAAAAGAAAUAUAACGUCAACUAGUGCAAACAGUCUUCCUAAUAAACGUCCAACUUCAUCAUCAAAGUUACAAACAACUCCAAUAACAAAAAAAACAUGUGACAAUAAUGAAUAA